AUGGGUCGAACAUUUCUUGUCCUUCGCUGCUUUAGCUGUCAUACAUUUCAAGUUCAACAAGAAGUAAAAGCUAAAAAAUGGAGCUGUAAGGUUUGCGGAUGGAAGCAAUCAUUUGUAAAGAUUUAUGGUAAUGGUAGCGCUGCUGACUGCAGAAAUCACGUCCAAAAAUUAAAUAUGAUGAGGGGUGAAAGAGAAGCUGCUAUACUCUCAAAACUGUCGGAACAGCAUACUGAAAAUGAUUGUCGCAGUAUACAGGAAUCUCCGGAAGAGUAUUCUGAAUGCGAUUAUCGUACUAUACAGGAAUUUCAGUCAGCUUCCAAUGCUGAUGAUGACGAAAAUACUGCUCACGACAAUGAUACUAUAGAAGGAAUCGAAGUGACGACAGAUCCACAAAUCUUUCAUAAUGCCCGCAAAAAGAAAACAAAAUCGACUAGCAAACAGUUACGUUAUAAGUGA